GGCCGCUACGAACCCGAAAUCCCCCGACGCUCGGGAUUCGAUCGAUUGAAAUCCCAAACCAAAAAUCCGCGAGAGGCGCUCAUAAUCUCCUUUCGCCUUCGCCCUCCCCCGCCCCCUCCGCAAGUUCGAAAGCAGUGAGAGGGAUCCGCGGAGAUGGCCGGUGCUCUCGCCGGAUCGUGGUGACCCGCGGGGUGGGUUUGGAUUCGUGCGCGCGGCUAAGAUGGAUUUCGCGGCGAUGAAGCGGCGGGAACUGCAGGCGCUCUGCAAGGAGCACGGCCUCAAGGCGAACGGAUCCAACGCCGACCUGGCCGCCCGCCUCGCCGCCACGCUCUCGAUUUCUGGCGGUGCGGAGGAGUAUGCGGUCGGCGUCGUUGUGGGGAAGGGGUGUUUGAAGCGAUCAAUCUGCGGGGAUUCGGAUGCGGCCAAGAAGGUGACGUUUGUGUUGGAGGAAGAGGAGGAGGCGGAGGUGGGUGGCAGACGCCUCUUGUUGUCGCCUGUUGUUGCCAGGACGAGGGGCAGGCCGAGGGCCGCGGAGCCUCUCUCUCUCGCCCAAGAAAGUGGAGGGGAUCGUCGGAGAACGCGUUCCCAAGUUGGCGGUGAUUCUGCUGACGAAACUGAUGCCGGACAGGCAGGUGCAGAUGCUGUGACGAGGCGACACAGGAGGAAUGCAGCGAAUUUGGGUGCAGGUGAUGUGGUUGAGAGGGUGACUGGAGCUGUAGGCCGGAAAACCUCUGCCAAAGCUGAGCAACAAGAGCUGGACGCUGGAGAAGCAGUUGGUAGGAAGCAUCAGCUGAAGCGGAAGACCAGGGAGAAUGACGCUGACAAUUUAGAUGUCAGUGUGCAAGUUGGAGUUUCUCGUAGAAGCACAAGGUCUAGUGCUGUUCAGUCUGAGCCUGCUGCCGCACCGGCUCCUGUUGUUCACAACAAAAGAGGGAGGAAGACGGCAGGAGAUCUGAAGGAACAACAUCGUGUCAAGGAGCAACCUACUGAAAUUCAACAUGUUGGCAGAACUCUAAGAUCUGGAUUGGUUGUGGCUGACCCACCGUUGCCUACUGUUUCUGAAAAUAAGAGAAGUAGGUCAAAGGUGCCGGAAGGCAAAACUGCUGUCGAGAAGGUUGCUGAGGUGGAAAUAUCUGGUAGGACUACAAGAUCAAGCUCAGUACCAGCUGCUGCGACGUCACCCAUUGUCGUUGCGAAGAAGAGGAGAAAAACCAAGAAUGUCAACUCGGAUGAAGGGCAACAUAUGGUUCCAGAUGUUUCAAAUGAUGCUCCAGUUACAAGGGUCUUGAGGAAUAGAGCUAUUCAGACAAUUGGCAGUACUGACUUGAAGGUAGCUCGCCCAACCAUGCUCAAUGCCGCCAAAGACAGCGUAGAAGAUGGUGUGGCUAAGCAAGACGGGCAUGUGGGGUCCAAAAAGAGGAAAAUGUCGAAUCGCAAGGCUACAGUAGCGACAAAUGGCGGUGAAAUCCCAUUUUCUGAUAGCAAUGGUAAGGCUUCUGCUAUGGACAUGCACGUAGAGGUACCUGGGCCUGUGAGAAGAUCGAUGCGGAAAUCUGUUGUUCCAUCGUUUCUUGAGCACGAAACCAAAGGUAUGCGUGGAGAUGUGGAGAUGAAAGAAACAGUGACAAAACCUGUUGGGCGAUCAACCCGGCGAUCUCUUGCCCCAGUUAUACUUGAGAAAGAGUCCAAGGGUCUCACAAAACCUGUGGAGAUCAAAGAAACAGUGACAAAACCUGUUGGGCGAUCAUCCCGGCGAUCUGUUGCCACAGUUAUACUUGAGAAAGAGUGCAAGGUUCUCCCAAAAGAAAUGAUUCCUCAAGUGCAUGUUAAGCGACCAACAAAGAAAUCUCUUGUCUCGGCUAUGACUGAGAAAGGAACAAAGAGCAUCGUUACAGACAUGAUUCCAGAAGCACGUGCUGGAAGGUCAACGCGGAAACCUGCUCUUGCUAUUGUUAAUAGUAAGAAGAAUGAUCACUGUGAAGCAGCCAGCAGCGAGAAGUGUUCAAGUGCUAAGAGUGAAGACUUGGAGAAGCAACGAACAGUCAAGCAACCUGUUAGACGGUUAACACGGAAAUCAUUUGUUCCGGCUGUGCUUGAGAAGGACAGGAAGGCUGUACCUGCAGAUAUGAAUCCUGAUCCACAGUUCAAUAAUGAGAAUGGUGAUCACACUAAAAUGAAAUGUGCUAAGGGUGGACACUUGGAGAAACAACUACUAGUGAAAGAACCAUCUAGGCGAUCAAAACACAAAUCUGUUGCCCCACAUGUGAUUGAGAAAGAACGUAAGGGUUUACAAGAAGAAUCAAAGUCUGAAGUUCCUGUGAGCACAUCUGUGCGUAAACCGGCUUGUCCUAACGCGGUUGAUAAGGAGAGCAAGGAUCACAGAGAAAUUGUCCCACAUGUGAUUGAAAAAGACAUUAAGGGUUCUCAAGAAGAAUCGAAUCCAGAUGUUCCUGUGAGGACAUCAGUGCGUAAACCGGCUGGUCCUAAUGCGGUUGAUAAGGAGAGCAAGGAUCACAGUGAAAUUGUCAGGAGGGAAGAGUCAAGUGUUUGCACAAGAAGCGCACAAACAAAACUCCAACGUUCUGUUCAGAAUGAUGCGAGUCUGCGGCAAACAAGACACAGAUCUUCGAAGCUAGCGAUAUCACCGCUACCAUCAAAGCCAACAGCUUCAAAGGGAAGACCUGCAAAGAGGAGUAGAACAGCAUCUUUGGAAGAAGUCAUGCCUGCUGAAGAGCAGAAGGAAGACCAAAUUGCUUGUGGUGGCCACACGAGUGAUAUGAUUGAUGUUGCCAGUAGUGCUAAUAGCUUGGAAAGUGGGGUGCUGCCUUCCCCAGCUGAAAAAUGUGAUUUGCGUGACUCACAGCUUAACACUCAGCUGGAGGGCACAGUCGUUGAAUCUAGCAUCAGCCAUGGUAAAGAUAUUAGUAACAUUUUGGAGGUCGAGCUUGAGAGCACAGUAGUAGGUACUACUGAGAAGCCUCCGUCCGAUUUAGCUAUUCCGGACUGUACACAUGUAGGUGCUUUAUCUGAGGAAGCCCUGGACUCAAUAGAAAAUGAUGCUGCAAGGUGCUCACCAGAUCUUGAACAAUCACCCACUGGGCUACAGUUCCUAUUCUCACAGGGAAACAUAGAAGAACCUGAUACAGAUAACACUAGUCCAUUUUUUAAAAAUGUCAUGGAAGAAUCAGAUGUUCACAAGGUUGAAUGCCAAGUUGAAACAGUUGUUUCAUUAAAACCUGACUCAUAUCAAGGCUCUGAUGAAUAUUCAAUCAGAAUCGAAGAAAGUGGAGGUUUAAUGUUUUCGUCUCAGCAAAAUAAUGAACAAGAAGGAUUUUCAUUGUCCACCCUCAGAAAAGAUUGGGUUGCAUCUGUUCAGUUGGAUUUGUCAGAGGAUGUGCAUCAUACAGUAAGGGAUACUACUAGAAAGGACGUGAUCUGCAAUGAGGAAGAGGAAACGGACCUUAUUCCUUCGGACAUUAAUGCUCCCCAUGAGAAAUCACAUGCGGAUGAACCUGCUGAGCACGUUUCUGGUGUUAGUGGAGCUCUAUUUUGCAUUUCACAGAGCACCACUGUUGUUGAUGAAGUAAAUUCGGAUUCUUCACCGCUAGAAUCAGUGGAUGCUUUAGAUAAUCACAUAGCAUCUUCUAAUACUGAAGGGCUUCAACAGGAUAAUAUAGAGGAAUGCAAUCUACACAAUGCAAGAGUCACAGAAGACAUCCAUGCAAGUGUCACGUCUGAAGCUGCACAGGUUGCUGUACCAGAAAGUGGAAAAAUGCUGCAGCCAGAUGUAGAAACAUUAGUAUUGCCAGAUGAGCAGCUUAAGCGCAAGCUGGAGGGUGAUGAUCUAGAAGUACAAAGCUUUAGCCGUGGUAAAGAUGAAUCUCCAAAACAAUCUACAUCAUGUGAGGAUCAAAGCUUUUUAGGGUCAGGUAUUUGUCAAACUGUUUCGCGAAGGUAUACAGAUGUGGUUUGUGUCAAGGAUCAUAAAGAUGAAUGCAAUCAACACAUGUCUGAACCUGCACUUGAUGAACGAUCGGAGGGUGGAAUGUCAGUGCUCCGAGCUGAAGAAACAUCACCAUUUCCAGAUGAGCAACUUAAUACCAAGCUGGAGGGUAACACAGAACAAGGCCUUAUCUGUGAUAAAGACAGCAGCAAUGUUUCUCUCACUGAAUUUUUGGGAAACAAUCAUGUGUCUAGCUUGAAGGACCCUACAAUGGACCCUUGCUAUGACCAGGAGCUCCCAAAUGACAUGCCUGCACCUAAAUCUCCUGAAGAAUCUGCAGUUUUUCUGGAUGACAAAGUCUCGGGUUCAGUGCAAGUGCAAAGCCUUAGCUGUGAUAAAGAUGGUAGCAUUGUCUCUGACACUGGAUCUUUGGGAAACAAGAAUCUGUCCAGCAUGAAGGACCCUUCAAUGGAUCCUUGCCAUGUCCAGGAACUCCCCAGUGGCCCUUCAAUGGAUCCUUGCCAUGACCAGGGACUACCAGGGGGCAUGCCUGCACCUAAAUCUCCUGAUGAAUUUGCAGUUUCUAUGGAUGAGAGAGUCUCUGGUUCAGUAGGGAUUUGUCAAAUUAGUGCAAGCAUAGGCAAAGGAAACCACAUUGCUAUGGAUCCCCACCAUACUGUGAAGCAAGUGGAUAACCUGAGCCAUUCUGCAGCUGCCUUGCUGAGAAACAUGGAGAACACACCGUGUAAGCCUGAUGCUCUUGAGCCUAGCAGUGAUCACUUGUUUGUGAUUGAUUCAUCAACACCUAUGGAGCCUCUACUGACGGAAGCAGGACUUAAAGUGGGCUGUCCUGACAAGAAACUACCCAUGGAGCAGGUUCAGCAAGAUGAUUUACAAGUGCAAGAAGGUACCGUAGAGAAGACAUCAUUAGGUUCAGCUACACCAGAGUGUAAACAUGAAUGUGUAUCACCUGAUAAAGCAGGACCACGCUCAUUGAAGAAUGAGAGAUAUCCAUCAAGUAUUGAACAAUCAUUAUUUGAUCAGCAGUCCCUUUCUUUGCAGGAGGAUGUGCAAGUACAUGAAGGUACCCCAGAGAAGACAGCACUAGGUUCAACUACACCAGAGUGUAAAGAUGAAUGUGGUUUUCCAGAUGAAGCAGAUCCACACUCAUUGAAGAACGGGAGAGGUUCAUUGAUUGUUGAACAAUCACCAUGUAGUCUGCCGACCCUUUUCACGCAGGAAAGUGUAGAAGAACGCAGUAAAUGUGUUGUCCUUUCUUCAGCAAGAUUUCAGGCUCAAAAUGGGGUUUGUGAGUCAAAUCCUGGUUCAGACCAUGAUACUAGUGCGGACUUUAGUACAGUUUCCAAAAGUGAAGAUUGUUUGGAUACUUCUCAGCAAGAUAAUGAAAAUGAAGGAUUAUUGGAGGCUAGUCACGAACAAGAUGAUUUCCAAGUACAAGAAGGUAAGGAUCUUUCAGGAUUAUUGGAGGCUAGUCACGAACAAGAUGAUUUCCAAGUACAAGAAGGUAACAUGGAGAAGACAACACUAGGUUCAGAUUUACCAGAGUGUAAACAUGAAUUUGGUUUACCUGCUGAAGCAGAACCCCACUCAUUGAUGAAUCAGAGAUCAAGUAUUGAGCAAUCGGCAUUUGGUCCGCAGUCCCUUAUCUUAAAGGAGGGAGGACAAGGCACUGUAGAGAAUACAGCAGUAGAUUCAGCUACACCAGAGUGUAAACAUGAAUGUGUAUCACCUGAUAAAGCAGGACCACACUCAUUGAAGAAUGAAAGAUAUCCAUUAAAUAUUGCACAAUCAUCAUUUGAUCUGCAGCCCUUUUCCUCGCAGGAUGAUGUACAAGUACAUGAAGGUACCCUACAGAAGACAGCACUAGGUUCAGCUACACCAGAGUGUAAAGAUGAAUAUGGAUUUCCUGAUGAAGCAGAUCCGCACUCAUUGAAGAAUGAGAGAGGUUCAUUAGGUGUUGAACAACCACUUAGUUUGCCGUCCCUUUUCUCGGAGGAAAGCAUAGAAGAACCCAGUGAAUGUGUUGCCCUUUCUUCAGCAAGUGUUCAGGCUGAAACUGGAGUUAAUGAGUCAAAACCUGGUUUAGACCAUGAUACUAGUGUAGAUUUUAGUACAGUUUCCAAAAGUGAAGAUUGUCUGGUUACUUCUCAGCAAGAUAAUGAAAAUGAAGGAUUAAUGAAGGCUAGUCAUGAACAAGAGCAGGUGGCAACUGGUCAGCUUGAUUUGGAGGCUGCAAGUAUCACGGAGGACGCCGAUUCUGAGGAAGUAGCCUAUGAUGAAGAAAAUAAGAAGCCUGUUCAUCCUACAGACAUUAAUUCUUCGUGUCAAAAAAUAAAUGUCAGCGGACCUGUUGAGCAUGCUUCUGGUCUUGGUGAUGCUUUAUUGAGCCCCUCACUAAUUGCUUGUACUGAUGACAGUGAUGUGCAUCUGAGUUCUAAUCCUUGCCUGUUUGAAUCAACUGAUUUCCCGGAUGAAAUAGAUUGGUCCAAUACCGAGGCUUUGCAGCAGGGUCUCCAAAAGCAGCAAUGCGACGAGCGCAAAGAAUACCAAGUUCCUUUCGGAGCCGGUAAUGAUAUGAUUGAAGCUGGCACAAAAGACAUAGACAGUGUAGGUCCACCACUUCCAGCUGAAGAAACAUCAAAUAUGCGAGACGAGCAGUUUAACACCAAGUUGCCGGGCACAGAAGUUGCGGAAUUUGGUCUUAGCUGUAACAAAGGCGGUAAUAAUUAUUUAGAUACUGAAUCUGUGGUGAACAGUUGUAGAAAUAUUCCGUCGGAUUCCAGUUUACCAAUGGAUUGUUCUACGGAUGAUUACCAGCAAAUGGAGCUCUUUGAAGGCCCUGCUGAACAAAAAUCUCCCGAAGAUGCUUCUGUGUGCUGGGAGGACAGUGAUCCAAGAGCAGUGUCAGCUACCAUUGAGAAGCCUUCACCUUCAUUUGAUUUAGCAAUUCCAGAUUUUAAACAUGAAGGUGCUCUAUCAGAGGAAGCAGUGUACUCAAUAAAGAAUGACACUGAAAGCUGUUCACGAGAUCACAGACGAUCGUCCAUUGGGCUUCAUCCCUUGUUCUCGGAGGAGUCAUUUAAAGGACCAGAUGUGGAUGAUGAUCUUGUGCUUCCAAGUACUGAGAAUGAAGAUGAUUCCAACAUUUGUCAUGCUGAAAAAAUGGUUUCUUCAGAACCUGAUUCACAUCAAGGGUCUCCUGUAGAUUUAAGUAUAGUUGAAGAAAUUAAGGGUAUGUUUUCAUCUGAGAGAGAUGAUGAACAAGGAUUCUUGAGUUCCGGCCAGAAAACAGAAUGCAUUGCAUCUGCCCGGUUGGAUUCAUCAGAGGAUUGUAAUCUUGUGAAAAGGGAUAUUAAUACUGAGGUGAUCUGCAAGGAGGAAGAGAAACUGGAACUUGUUCCUUAUUCUGACACUCACACCCUUCAUGAAACAUCAAAUACUGACGAACCUGAUGAACAGAAAAUAACCCUGCUGCAUGCUGCGGAAACAUCGGCUUCAGCAGAUAAGCAGCUUAGCUCCGAGCUGGAGGAGGAUGAAUUUAAGGAACGCAACUUUAGUAGUGAAGAAACGAUUGGCAUAUUUGGUGUUGGAUCGGUGAAGAGUAAUCUAUUCCAUUUGCAUGAAGACUCUCACACCAAUCCUAUCCAGGGAAAGGAGCUCCCAGAUAACGUAUCUGCACCUAAAUCUCCUGAACAAUCCAUGAUUGGUCAUGCUGAGAGUCUUUUAGGAUCAGGCAUUUGUCAGACUGUCGUUCAAAGGAGUACAGAAGAAAUCAACACCAAGCUCCAACAUGAGCGUAAAGAGGAAGGCAGUAAGUACAUUGACGAUCAAACCACUCUCAUGUCUGAAUGUGCACUGUUUGGAGGAUCAGUAAGUGGAACGACACUGCUGCUAACUGCUGAAACAUCUUCAUUGCCAGAUGAGCAAUUUGGCCCUGAGCUCGAGUUUGACGCAUUUGAGGAACCUGACCAUAGUUAUGAUGAAAAUGCAAGCUACUUAUUUGGUUCUGGGUCUCAGAAGAACAAUGUACCCAAUCUGGGUCAUAAGGAGGAAUACUAUGAGCACAGUGAUGAUCCAGCCAUACUAUCAAGUGGCAUGCCCAAGCCCUCACUGAGUAGAGAAUCAGAAAGUGGAGUGGCACUGAAGCCAGCUGAAGAAACACCGGCAUUGACAAAUGAGAACCCUAACUUUAAGAUGGAGGAACUGGGCCUUUGCAUUAGUGACAUGUCUGAUACUGGAUUAAUGGAGAACAACAAUCUAUCUUGCUUGCCCAAAGACACUUAUAUGGAAACGUGGAACAAAGAUGAGAUUUCAAUUGGCACGCCUGCAGCUAAAUCUCCCGGAAAAUCUGCAGUUUGCCCAGAUGACAGGGUUCCUGGGUCAGUAGGAAUCUGCCAAACUAGUGGGCGACGGCGCAUAGAUGAAAUUAGCACAAAGUUGCUGAGCUUCAAAAUUUCGAGUGCAGUGAAAGGAAGUUACAUUUCCAUGGACUCUGCAGAUGACUUGAAGCAAGGCGACAAUCUGAGUCCGGCUGCUUUGCCAGGGAACUGGGAGAAUGUUCCUGCAGCCAAAGCAGAUAAUCCUGCAAAGCAAAACAGUGACUGCUCGGUUGCGAAGGACAACUCAAGCUGAGGGAUCACCGAUGGAUUGUAGAUUGUUAGGUUAGUGUUUUGGUUCUUUCUUCAACCUUUGGUUGAAGGAAGUGAUUAUGUCUGCCAGGAAGCAAAAUCAAUAUAUAUAUAGUACUUGUGAGAUUGGCUCCGUGCUUGUCUUAAAACUAUUUGCUGUUUAGUUUAGUGUGUCUAUGAUAAUAGGAGAGAUUGAUGCAAUUGUCCAUAAUACUAACCUUCAGCUCAGUUUUUGCGAUCUUUUAGAA